AUGUCUUCCUACGAGCUAACUGCUGCGGAAUGCCAAGUUUUGAGCCGAGGUCUCAACUUCAACCAAGGAAAGCAACCGGACACCCGCAAAGUCGUGUGUGCUGUUGAAAACGCUAUUGGCCUAGUUGAAGAGAAUGAACGAGACGAAGUCCGCACGAGAGCUGUAGGUAUACUAUCGAGGAUUCGCAAGUCUAGCUCUCAGCAAGUUCUCUCAGAAGACGAGCAAAAAGCGGUCAAAUCGUUGCACGAAAACAAGAAGAUUGCCGUCCUUCCUGCCGACAAAGGCAACGUGACAGUAGUGCUUGACCGUUCGGCGUAUCAGUCGAAGAUGGAGGAGAUAGUGGGGGACUACACGACGUACGCCAAGAUAGACAGGGAUCCAACCUCGAAGGUCCAAACGUGCCUGCAAAAGACGCUCUCUGGUAUUUUCAAGACGCUCCCUGCAUCAGCAAAAAGACUGUACUACCAACUGUUGUGCACCAAUGGUUCUGCUCCAGCGAUCUACGGCCUACCGAAGAUUCACAAAAGUGGGACGCCUCUCAGGCCCAUAGUAGAUUUCACAAGGUCACCCCUGUACAGCCUCUCAAGGUAUCUUCAUGGCACCCUGGCCCCCCUGGCAGGCAAGACAGAAACCCAUCUCCAGAACACCAAUGACUUCAUAAACAAGAUGAAGGGUAUCACUGUGGAUACAGACGAAGUACUGGUUUCUUUUGACGUCUGCUCCCUUUUCACAAGUGUUCCCGUCGACCUUGCUGUAGAAACUUCAAGACAGUUGCUCCACAAGGACACGACAUUGGCAGACCGCACGCCAUUCGACGUCACUGAGCUCUGCACCUUGUUACGAUUCUGCCUGUCCAACACUUACUUCUCGUACAAGGGCGAAUUCUACAGGUUCAGCACAGUGUUGCUACGGCAGCAACAACUGCGCCUGCUACUGAGUCUGCUGCCACCUCAUAUCCUGCAGCCACACCAACUAAAUAUGCUGCCUCUUCUGGUCCUGCAGCCUUAG